CUUGUUCGAAAAUUGUGGCACGUUUAAAAAUUGCGAAAUUCGAAGAUCUUUUUGCGAAAAUAAUACUCAAGAUUUGAAUCUUACUGCAUAAUAAUCGAGAAAUUAGGAUUCUCAAUCAUAAUCUGGUAUCUGGCCGUCUUCGAUAGUUUUCAUCCAGUACUCCAAUGAGUGCAAUAGUUGCUCCACGCAAAGAAGCAAAAAAAGAUGAAGAGACUGAAGAAGACAAGGAACUUCAAGUUGAGCUGAAACUUCUAGUCAACAAAAUAACUGGAAAUGAUCAAUCAUUGAUACAACCAGCAUUAGAUAUGAUGAAAUAUUUGGUCCGUACCUCAACGACUUCAAUGACUUCUGUACCAAAACCUCUGAAAUAUCUAGCUGUUUAUUAUGAUGAUUUGAAAUCAACUCAUCAGAAGAUGGGUAAUGGACAAAUGAAGAAAAGUCUUGCUGAUGUGAUUUCAUUAUUAGCUAUGGGAACUGCAGGAGGAGAAGCAGCGAAGAAAAAUCGUGAUUGCCUAAUAUAUUGUCUGCAAGGGACAAUGAGCGAAAUAGGCGACUGGGGCCAUGAGUACAUCCGCCAGCUGGAAAAAGAAAUCGUCCUCCAGUGGUCCUUCAACUGCGAAAAGGCCGCUGACACCCUAGUCGCGCUCAUCCACGACAUCGUCGCUUUUAAUUGCACCCACCACGCCGAAAUCCAAGCGUGCGAUUUGCUGAUGGAGGUCGACCUGCUGCACCUGUUGCCGGCCUACGUGUCCAAGACCAACUACCAGCGGAUGUGCCUCUAUCUGCUGUCCUGCUCCAAGUAUGUUGAUGAUGUGGAAAGGGCCAAAAUCAUGAGGCUGGUGGGCGAACAGUAUUUAAGGUUCGGGGAGCACACCAGGGCGAUGAUAACGGCCAUCCAGAUGAACGAUUCGGAGAUGGUUGAUAGGAUUUUUUCGGUUUGUACAGACAGAGUCACCUUAUAUCAGUUGGCAUUCAUUUGCGCACGCCACAAUUUUCCAGUGAAGCUAGACCAAGAUAUGGAACAUUCUGAAAAAAUCGAAAAUAUUUUGAGCAACUCCCAUUUGAGUACAUAUUUUCUCACACUAGCUAGAGAGUUAGACAUCAUGGAACCAAAAUCACCGCAAGAUGUUUACAAAUCAUGGUUGGAACCUAUCCCACCUCGGUUGAUUAUCCUUGGAGAAAAUCUAGACAGUGCACGACAAAACCUUGCUUCAUCUCUAGUUAAUGGUUUCGUGAAUGCCGGCUUCGGCAGCGACAAACUCCUCACGGUGGACGGCGGCAACAAGUGGAUCUACCGCAACAAGGAGCACGGCAUGCUGAGCGCCACCGCCGCCCUCGGGCUGCUCCACCUGUGGGACGUCGACGGCGGCCUCACGCCCAUCGACAAGUACCUCUACUCGGCAGACGACUACAUCAAGUCGGGGGCGCUGCUCGCGCUCGGUAUCGUGAAUUGCAGGGUGAGGAACGAGUGCGAUCCUGCGUUGGCGCUGCUAGGAGACUAUGUGGCGGCGGAGAGCGAGGUGCUGCAGGUCGGCGCCAUUUUGGGGCUCGGCUUGGCUUAUGCCGGCACUCACCGGCAAGACGUGAUCGAGCUGCUGCUGCCACUCGUCCCCUCCGCCAAAUCGUUGGAGGUGGUAGGCGUGGCCAGCCUGUCGUGCGGCCUCGUGUCCGUCGGCGAGCCGAACAACCAGGUGUCCGCCACCGUGCUCGACAGGAUCAUCGAGCUGAACGGCACGGAGGCGCUGCGGUCGCCCCACCUGCGGCUGGUCGCGCUCGGCCUAUCCUUGUGCUAUUUCGGGGUAAGAGAUGCUGUCGAUGUGCCUACGGAAGCGACCAAUAUUUUGGAGGAGCCCUUCAAGACCUUCAUCCAAACUAUGCUGUUGAUGUGCGCUUAUGCUGGAACAGGUGAUGUGCUGAUCAUUCAAGAGCUGUUACAUAUAGUGGGAGAGAAGGUCGACUUGCCGAAGAAAGAGAAAAAAGACAAGAAGGAGAAGCGAGAGAGGAAGGAUAAGGAUGGCAAGGGGCAGCCAGAUAAUCAGGACAAGGAUGGCGUGACGUCGAUAAAGGCGCCAAAGAAAACCGAGUGGGAUCAUUCGAUGGGUCAAGCGAUGGCCACUCUGGGCGUCGCUGUGGUUUCGAUGGGAGAAGAUAUAGGCGUCGAAAUGGUCCACCGCAUCUUCGGCGACAUCGUCCGCUACGGCGACCCUUCGGUGCGUAAGGCCUGCCCGCUCGCCCUCGCCCUUUCGUCGGUCUCCCGCCCCCACCCCGCCGCCGUCGAUCUGCUCACCAAGCUGGCGCACGACCACGAUGAAGAGGUGGCCGUGAACGCGGCGUUCGGCUUGGGCCUGAUCGGCGCCGGCACGAACAAUGCCCGUUUGGCUGCGGGGCUUCGUCAGCUGGCCGUCUACCAUGCGAGGAACCCGGCGCAGCUGUUCAUGGUGCGGUUCGCGCAAGGCCUGGUGCACAUGGGCAAGGGUACGCUGACAUUCGAGGCAUCGCACACCGAUCGGAUGCUGGUCGAUCCGUUGACCAUGGCAGGGUUUGCGGCGUUGUUUAUGGGACCGGAACCUGUGUUCGGUAUCCCCAAAACCUCAAUACGCGGCUGGCUGGCAAGGUGGAUGCAAGAAAGACAGCAGGCAAACUGGAACAAUGUCUCAGGACAAAGACACAGUAAACUGAUGGUUGGAACACUGUCCAGAACAGUGACUAACGACAUUCUGAGCCUAAACCGAAGUCAGAUCAGACAAGUGACGGGACUAAUAACCGGCCACUGCCCCUUGAGGAAACAUGCAUCAUAUGGACAUCUAUACAGCCACCCAUGUAAUAUUGGACUGGCCGUGUACCACGCGACGAACCCGGCGCAGCUAUUCAUGGAGCGGUUCGCGCAAGUAUUGGUGCACACCGUCGCACACCGAUCAGAUGCUUAUGGAUCCGUUGACCAUGGCAGGCCUCCUGGCGCCCCUCGUCUGCCUCCUCGACCCCUACCCGCUCAUCCUCGGCCAGUCGCCCUACCUGCUCUACCUGCUGUCGGCCGCCCUGCAGCCGCGCUGGCUACUAACACUCGACGCCGACUUGAAUCCGCUGCCCGUGGGCGUGCGCGUGGGGCAGGCGGUCGACGUGGUGGGCAAGGCGGGCACGCCGAAGACCAUCGCGGGCGUGCGCACACACACGACGCCCGUGCUGCUCGCUGGCGGGGAGCGAGCGGAGCUGGUCAGCGAUCGGUUCGAGGCGGCUGGGAUGACGCUGGACGGGAUUUGCGUAUUGAGGCAGGUGGAGGAGUGACGAUGUGCGUGAUGCGGAUUGAUUGGAUACACUGACCGGCAAAAUUGUGGUAAACUUUAUCUCUUCAACCCACUGACUUGUGACGUUAAUUAUUUUUGCCAUUUGAAUAAGACACUGUUAUUUCAAAUGUGAAGUUUUUAUAUUUGCCAUGGAUUUCCAUCAAGUAACGGCAGAGUCAAUUCAAAAUUGUUAUUUCAUUUGUGAUUUUGGGAUCUUGAAAUUAUUUAAAGGAAUCUUCAAAACUGAACUUGAAAGCAUAUUGAUUUGAAGAUUAUUGAUGAGAAAUUGAAAAAGCCAGUCCACUCACGCUUAUUAUCACUAAAUUUACUCUUAAUUUGACAUCAUUUCUUCCUGAAUCCUUAUCCGAUUUUGAUGCUGCUUUAUUUUUGGAAGAUUACGCUUCAGGAAUGUAACUAUACUACCGAUUUGUUCCUAUUAAGAAUGUAGUUAGUUAUAAAUACUAGGUGUGAGUAUAAUUUCGUGUUUUUUUAAUACAUAACGCUCCAUGAAGUGUACUAGUAGCAACAGCUACAACAAACUACGAUUGCAAGCUGUCUAAAGGCCCAACUUUCUUGAUAUAUUCCUUUUUGAGGACGAUAAUUAUGCAAUCGUAUAGCUCACCAUUCUUUGGUUGAUAGCAUGGUUACUAUCCUGGAGCUCACCUAAAUCAGAUACAUCAUUUGGUAAAUUGUUAAUUUUGCUGGUCAGUGUAUUUGGUGCACAAUAUUUUUAAUUCCUGCAUUUUGUAUUACUGUGUUUAUGUGUUAUUAUAGAACAUUGAUAUAAAUAAAGUUGAAAUUGUU